UUUCUUUUAGGCUGUCUGUCCACAUCAUGGCGUUUUCCCUGAGAAACGAUUCCCGCAGGCCCGAGAGCCCGGACACCGACUCCCCGGCUCUGUCCACCUGCAGCAACGCAGACAUCUUCCGCCGGAUGAAUACCAUGCUGGGCAACGCUCUGGACUUCACCGGCGUGUGCACCACACCCAACAGCACCAAGCACAAACCAGACCUGCUCUGCGAAUCAGAGCUGGCUGCUGUGGGCAGCAGGAGGAUGCUUUUUCCCAACUGCGGCAGCAUACCCAACUCCCAGGACAUCCCUUUACCCCGGGGCCCAUCGGAUGUCACGGACCUGGGCCUCGGGCUCCAGUCGCUGCGUCUGUCCAGCUGGGACAGACCCUGGAGCAGCCAGGAGGCCGACUCGCAUUCUCCCUCUUCCCAGGUUCAGAGCAGCUCUUCCUCCAUGCUGGGCAUGCUGAACAACCCUUUCAGUAGCAUCCUGGGGAAGCCUCCGGGCUAUCUGCCCCAUGAAUCCAUGAACGUGACCGCUGACUUCCUGGAGAAGUUCCCCGGAAUGGCGCGGAUGGUGAACCGCCUGGACUCCAGCUCCUUCCUGGACUCCCGCUCCAGCAGCCCUGAAGACUCUGAGACCAGUGGGUUCAGCUCUGGAUCAGAUCACCUCUGUGACGUGCUGUCUAAUUUGCGAAUCUCCCCUCCACUGCCUUACGUGAAGUCCAACAUGCAGAAGGACCUGCUGCGGCUGGGCCCGCGCCUGGACCCCCAGGACAUGAGCUCCCCCCUGACUCCGCCGCCCAGCGCCAGCCCCGCCUCCUCCACCAUCUCCCGCCGCUGGCGCACCGGCUCCCCGUGGCCCGGCUCAGACAUGCUCGACCAAUCGGACGACACGUUCAGCAUCGAGAGGGAAGCCCGUCUGCACAGGCAGGCUGCAGCUGUGAAUGAGGCCACAUUCACUUGGAGCGGUCAGCUGCCUCCCAGAAACAACAAGGAUCCCAUUUACUCCUGCAAGGUCUUUCUUGGUGGCGUGCCCUGGGACAUCACUGAAGCUGGCCUGAUCAACACCUUCAGUGGGUAUGGCCCUCUGACUGUGGAGUGGCCAGGUAAGGAUGGAAAGCAUCCCCGCUGCCCUCCUAAAGGUAAUGUUGCUAAAGGCUACGUUUACCUGGUGUUUGAAAACGAGAAGUCAGUGAGGGCGCUGCUGCAGGCGUGCUCCCAGGAUCCCUUCCACCCAGAGGACAGUCGGGAGUAUUACUUUAAGAUGUCCAGCCGCAGAAUGCGAUGCAAAGACGUGCAGGUGAUCCCCUGGGUGAUCUCUGACAGCAACUACGUGCGCUGUCCCGCCCAGCGCCUGGACCCCAGUAAGACGGUGUUUGUCGGUGCUCUGCACGGCAUGCUUAACGCCGAGGCGCUGGCCAGCAUCAUGAACGACCUGUUCGGGGGCGUCAUGUAUGCCGGCAUCGACACGGACAAGCACAAGUAUCCCAUAGGCUCUGGACGUGUCACCUUCAACAACCAGCGCAGCUAUCUGAAAGCCGUGUGCGCAGCAUUUGUGGAGAUUAAAACGCCAAAGUUUACAAAAAAGGUUCAGAUCGACCCCUACCUGGAAGACUCCAUGUGUCAAGUUUGCCUUCGUCAACCUGGGCCUUUCUUCUGCAGAGACCAGGCCUGCUUCAAGUACUACUGCCGCUCCUGCUGGCACUGGCAGCACUCCAUGGACAUCUUGAGCAACCACCGGCCCCUCAUGCGCAACCAGAAGAACCGAGAUUCCAGCUAAAUCCGGAGUCCCGACACUCUGAGGAAGUCUGAGGAAGAGCACCCCCUCGGCGGGGUGAAGGCCGCCCGCCGAGGAGAGCACGUGUGCCGGACGUCCCUCAGUCUGAGGGCACCAAGGCAUUCCACCAGGCACUGGGGUAUCACUGUAGGAAAUGUUCACUUUUGCACUUGCUCCAUUUUUGCUGUUCACAGUGGCACUAUGCACAGUGACCUUGUUGGGAGUAGACAAGGGGCCCGUCACGCUUUAAAGCAUUUUCUCCGACGCGUGGCCACAGAUGUUAGUCAGCCAGCCAGCACUUAAGAAGUGGAUGAAAAUGGCUUCUUUUUUUUUUUCCCCAUUUUUUGUUUUCAUGUAUUGCAUAGUGAAGAGCAAUCACGCAAGUCUCAUUGCCAUUCAUUGGCAAAUGCCAUACAGUGCCUUUAAAUUUUUAGUUUCCUCCCCUCUUCCCUCCCCUCGGCCCGGUUGGCGUCUGUUUUCCUGUGCAAGCCAGCUGGUGUUUCUUACUUUUUGGGAGUUGAAUGUUGGGCUUCAUUUAACCAGUCGCAUUUCAGACAUUUUUACGCAGUUUUUUACUAAUUUGUACACAAACGGUUUUAAGUCAUGACAUGAACAUUUUUGAACAAUUCUACCAGGUGGCUGUUUAAGGGAAAACCCUCCCCUUUUAUUUUUUUUUUCCACAUACAGUUUAAAUUUUUUUUUUUUUCUUUUUUAAUUUGCCCUCCCAAAUUUCAGCUGAAUGGGCACAAAACGUUGGUUGUACUACUUUAACUUGCUUUGUUAAUCCAGUUAUUAAAUGUGAAUCAGUACUACUGGAUAUGUCUCAACUUGUGAGCCAUCACUUUUAGAGCACUUGAUGGAUAUAGUUGGACUGGAGUGAAUAAUUUGAUUUGUAUAAAGUUGUUUUGUCUUUUUUUUUCAUUUUGCACUUUUUAAUUUACACGUGUGGAGAGGUGGCAGUGGUUUUUAAUCACUUUUAUACAUCAGCGGGGGACAUGCUUUAUGUUCGAACAGCUGCUUGUUUCCUGUUGAAUGUAAGAACUUCCACUAAGCUGAUCAACUAUCUAUCCAGAGCUUGAGUAGACCCCCCCUCCCCUGACAAAAUGAUCCCUAGCUUUCUUAUUCCAUUUUGCCUUCCUGUUCCAGUUGGACAAAAAUGCAUAAGCCGUGUGCCAAAGACGACGCGUCUUUCCUUUAUCCAUUAGGUUUGUCAUGCUGAGCUUGUUGUCCUUUAGCCCAGCUGCUUUUUAGAGUUUUGAAAGUCUACCUCAUUGUGGUCUGCCAAGUUUGCUGCUACUUAACAGUUGUGGAGUAUGUUCAGAUUGGGCACAAUAAAGGUGUUUAAGCAUU